GCGUGAGGUUACUGCAGCUCCGCGAGCCUCGUGGAAAUACAGCAUUAUAUCCAAUAAUAUCUGCCAAACUGCAAAUAUCACCGCCUAACGCUGGAAGAAAUGAACUCGUCUAAAAGAAGUGAAAGUGACUGGCAAGGUUUAGUUAGUGAGUUCUUGAUAUGCAAGCGUAAGCUGGAGAGCAAGAAAGAUGCUCUUCUCAUUCUGUCUAAAGAGCUGGACACCUGUCAGCAGGAGAGAGACCAGUACAAGCUGAUGGCCAACCAGCUUCGGGAGACACACCAGAGCUUGAAGAAGAAAUACAGAGAGCUAAUUGAUGGUGAAUCUUCACUUUCCCCAGAAAAACGCAAUCAGGUGAAUUUGGCUCAGUUGCUGAUGGAUUCGAGGGAGAGAAAUAAACAGUUUGCUGAAGAAGUGAAGGAACUGACGCAGAGACUCAGCGAGACUCAGGGAGACAAUAAGCUGUUAAGGAUGACCAUCACAAAACAGAGGCUUGGAGAUGAUGAAGUCGGCAUCAGACAUUUUCCAGCCCAUGAGCGCGAGGAUCUGGUCCGGCAGCUGGAGAAAGCGGCUUUACAUAGAGAAGAGCUUGAGCACAGUCUGAAGACGGUGAGUGAUGAGCUGCAGGAUGUGAAGGCAGAGAGGACUGUUUUUAAGGAGAAAUCUGAACGUCUCAACCUGGAGCUGAACCACAUUCUGGGUGGACAGGAGAAGCGCAUCAUCGACGUGGACGCUCUCUGCAUGGAGAACAAGUACUUGCAUGAGCGAUUAAAACAAGUUCAGGAGGAGGUCAGCCUAUUGAAGAGCAACAUACAGAAAUAUAAGACUGCUCUGGAUCGAAGAAAAAACCCUGAAAUUGGUGGCAAGUCCAGUAGCAGAUCUCUCACUGGGGUCCUUUCUCCUAAACAAGUGCAUGGUUUUCUGUCAGAGGAGAACGGCUGCAGUUUACCAGCAACACCUCAGUCCAUCUCAGACCUGAAGUCUUUAGCCACAGCUUUACUGGAGACCAUUCAUGAGAAGAACAUCAUUAUUCAGCACCAAAGACAGACCAACAGAAUUCUGGGAAACCGAGUUGCUGAUUUGGAGAGGAAGCUGAAGACGCUGGAAAUUUCGGGACUUUGGAGUCUCCCAGGAAGCAGAGACGCCAUCACUCUGAGUCCUGCUCUUCUGUCCUCCACUGACCAAUCAGAAGCUCCGAUCUUUUCCACCAAUCCUGCAGGUGAGCAGUUUAUAAGUUGA